UGUGUGUAUGUAUGUGUAUAUAUAUAUGUAUUUUUUUUUAAAUAAAUGCAAUCUUGAUGAACAUAAAUUCCUUAAAAAGAAAAAAGUUCUGAUCGCAAACUUUUCAAUGGUGUAUAUACAGUAUAUGGGGGGUGGGAACUCAUGUGGAAGGAUUAUGCAUCUUGGCAAUGUAACUUAAAUUUACUGAAAUAUGUUUCAUACCGACAAAUUAAAUACAGGAGCAGCGUUACAGAGAGAGGAAUCUGAAAGCCAAUUAAAUUUAACACUUUCUAGCAACAAUUACUGGACUAUUCUAUUCAAUUUUAGGUUGUUGAAACUUUGGAUUUUACAGUAUUGUUCUUAAGCUGUGGAAUUAUUAAAUAACAACAACUUAAAUAACAAUUCCAAAAAAUAAAAUAAAAAUUAUACUCACACAAACACACACACUUACUUGGUUUUCUAAAUGUGUACGUUCCAUUGGCUUCUGUUGUUAUACUGAGAUAAUUCUAAAAAUUAUAACCCUUACCCUCACAGAAAAUGUUUUAUUUUCUUAUUUUUAUGUGAUUUUUCCUGGAUGUCCCCAAAAUGUAAAUAUAUUUAAAUGUAAAUGUAUAUAUACACAUGCACAUGCAGACCAAAAUAGUUUUAUUGCCGAAUUUAAAUGCAGAACAUCAGUGCGUUGACUGUUGUGUAAUUAUGUAACAGACUCUCUCAGGGUUUGGGUGGACACACAACUAGAAGCCCAUUUUUAGUUUGUAAAACAAACCCAGAGUUUUUCUGGAGCUUUGAAGGAAACUCCUCCUCUAACCAAGACUGCAUUCCUCCCUGGACCGUUUUCCCCAAACGUGGGAGACUGUGGAGAGAGAGAGAGAGAGAGAGAGAGAGAGUGUGUGUGUGUGUGUGUGUGUGUGAGAGAAGACACGGAGGAACACCACAGCCCUUUCAGACCAAAGAAGAUCUGUUGGUACGACUACACAAGGAUCCGCUAAAAUGGCUUUCCUGUUGAUGUGUGUGACCGUUCUGCAUUUGGUCACCCUAGCCAUGCUUUUCAUUGCCACCAUGGAGAAGUCCUGGUGGUCUUGGGGAGACACAGAGAACACAGAUCUCUGGUAUAAGUGCAUCUAUGAAAACGCCACAGGACCCUGGUUAUGUGCUUCUGCCAAAGACAGCGAAUGGCUGCAGUCAGUCCAGGCCUUCAUGAUCUUGUCUGUGGUGCUCUCUUCAAUCUCCUUCAUGGUGUUCCUCGGACAGCUCUUCACCAUGUCCAGAGGAGGUCUUUUUUUCUUCACUGGCUUUUGCCAACUAUUUGCAGGUUUGGCGGCGUUUGGAGCUGUUCUCAUCUACACCUUUCAAAGGAGUGCGAUUCUUCAAGAUUCUCGUGAACUGGAAAAAGGUCAUUUCGGCUACUGUUACAUUCUAGCGUGGGUGUGUGUGCCUCUUUUACUUAUCAGUGGCGCACUUUAUGUGCAUCUGCGCAAACAGGCCUGAUUUUCUGCUUAACACCAACUGAAUCGCCAGUUUAUGAUAUUGCCUAUUGUUAUUUAUUAUAAUAACAUUACUUUUCAGGCCCAAAAACUUUUUGUUGCAACAAAACUUGCUGUAUUUUCCCAUAGUGGGGAAACUGCUGCUUUAAGUUUGAUACUGACGAUCAAGUGGGAUUUUGGUGCAAACUUAUUUUUGAAAGGAAAAUUCAAAUAUUCUAAAUAAUUUAGCAUUACAUCACUUGCUCAGCAACGGAUCCUCUGCAGUGAAUGGGUGCCGUCAGAAUGAGAGUCCAAACAGCUGAUAAAAACAUUAAAAUAAUACACGUGUGUUUUUAGUUAAAUACAUCAUUAAGGUGUUAAAAAUCCUAGCUAAAAUACGACUCCUAUCCAUAAUAUUUACUUCUCCAGUGAAACAGUCGUCUAGUCUGAAUCAGGAGAGAGAUAUGCACACCGUUUACAAGCAGUCCAAAAUGGUUCUAAACAAAUAUUGCAGUAGAUUUUGAUUUGAGAGUACAACAGGAGAUGGACUGUUUCACUGGAGGAAGCAUUGUUAUGAAUUAUGAACUGAUAUUUUGUCCAGAAGCGGCAGUUUAAAAUGAAAAGGCCUCAAAAAUGGAUUUGUUUAUGGAAAAUGUGCAUCUUUUCCCUUCACAAGAUGUUAAUGACGUACUGGAUGGCUUUUGGAUUAUUGUGCUGUUUUUAUCAGCUGUUUGGACUCUCAUUCUGACGGCACCCAUUCACUGCAGAGGAUCCAUUGGUGAGCAAAAGAUGUAAUGCUACACUUCUCCAAAUCUGUUCUGAUGAAGAAACAAAUGCUCAGCUAAUUUUCAUUGUUGGGUGAACUGUUACUUUAAAUAAUGCUUUAAGGAAACUGGAGUGUAAAAAACACAGAAAAGUUUCUUUCGAAUCAAACUGUCAGAAUUCCCAAAACUGGAAACUUUAAACCUUUCUUAUUUUCCAAUCCUAAAUAUGUGCAUUUGUAUUAUUAUGUUUUAAUGUAUGCAAACUUUAUAAAUAAAAUAUUUCUUAACAAUGA